AUGGUGCUCCUGUUACCCCUCCUUAUUGUAUUUACGGUGAAGCACAGCGCUGCCCGGACUCACUCUCUGAGAUAUUUCCGCCUGGGCGUUUCGGAACCUGGCCACGGGAUCCCUGAAUUUAUUUCAGUGGGUUACGUGGACUCUCACCCCAUCACCACAUACGACAGUGUCUCUCGGCUGAAGGAGCCCCGGGCGCCAUGGAUGGCGGAGCACCUGGAGCCGGAUCACUGGGCGAGGUACACCCAGUUGCUGCGAGGCUGGCAGCAGACGUUCAAGGUGGAACUGGAGCGCCUGCAGAGACACUAUAAUCACUCAGGGUUUCACACUUACCAGAGGAUGAUUGGCUGUGAGUUGCUGGAGGAUGGAAGCACCACGGGAUUUUUGCAAUAUGCAUAUGACGGAGAGGACUUCCUUAUCUUUGACAAAGACACGCUCUCCUGGAUAGCUGUAGACAACGUGGCCCACAUCACCAAGAGGGCGUGGGAGGCCAAUUGGCAUGAGUUACAGUAUCAGAAGAAUUGGCUGGAGGAAGAAUGUAUCGCCUGGUUAAAGAGGUUCCUGGAGUAUGGGAAAGACACUCUACAAAGAACAGAGCCCCCACUGGUCAAAGUAACUCGCAAAGAAACUUUUCCAGGGGUUACAACUCUUGUCUGCAGAGCUUAUGGCUUUUACCCCCCUGAAAUUUCCAUGAUGUGGAAGAAAAAUGGGGAAGAAAUUAUCCAUGAAAUGGAUUAUGGCGAUAUUCUUCCCAGUGGGGAUGGGACCUAUCAGACGUGGGUAUCUGUGGAGCUGGAUCCUCAGAGCAGCGACCUUUACUCCUGUCACGUGGAGCACGAAGAUGUCCAAAUGGUUCUUCAGGUCCCUCAGGGAUCAGAAACUAUCCUUUUGGUGAUCAAAGCUGUCUCUGGGUUCAUUGUCCUUGCCAUGGUCCUGGCUGGAGCUGGCUUCCUGGCCUGGAGAAGGAGGCCCAAAGAAAACAAUGAAGUCGUCUACCUUCCUGCACCAGAUCAAUAA